AUGAUACCGAGCUAUGGCGGUGGGACACAUAUUAAUUAUACAAGUAAUAAAAAUUUAGCAUUUAUUUUAGAUAUUUUAGUUGAUAUUUUCAGUCAGGCAAUGAUUGCUUUUGAUAGUCAAAUUCGUUGUACAACAUUUCGUCUCUUAAAUAAACUUCAAACAUUUAUUGAUCUUUCUCGAUCACCUUAUAUACCAGUUCAGUUUGAACAAUAUCUAUUAGAAUUACCUCGAAAUGAAACAACAUUUCUUGUUCUUGAUGAAAUUAUACCAUUAGCUGCGAAAUUUCAACAUAAAAAUCAUCGAUUUAUUGAUGCUUUUCUUGAUAGAAUAAAUUCACCAAAAUGGACUACAUAUUUAGAUCGACGUCGUCAAAUCAUCUUAUUACUUGAAUAUUCUUCAUCUUCACUUCAAUUUCUUUUGUCAACUAUUGAAAAUGAUAAUGAUUUAUCUCAAUUAGCUUUCGAAAGUUUAUUAACUGAUGAACGAAAUUUACACUUGAUAACAUCGGUAGACAAGGUCGUUUAA